AUGGACUCACGAGGCUUGACACUGCGGAAGAAGCGCAAAGACCGGCCGACCAUUAGCGCACCUCAAAAUGCCACAGGCCCUGGCAUCAGCGGCGGUCGACCAGGACUCCCCUCGCAGAACAAGGCAGCCAACGCUUUGAACGUGCCACGCGACCGGAAUGCCCCAACCGAGACUUCAGAUCUUGUCAAGAGGCGCUACUCGACGCGAUAUAACCAGCUGCCGGACUUCAGCAACAUCGGGGCACCACCCGUCCCUGCGCUUCCUGGAGCUGGCACUCUCAAACGUCGUUCAGGAGGUGGCUCACCACGCCGACCGGGGACCGGCGAUCGUUCACGUCCUCUUCAUAUCGACCCGGAUGCCCUCAAAGAUCCCAAUCUCCAGCAUGAGCGAUACGUUGCCGACAUCCUCGCCAAUGCCUCCGAACAGGAUAUUCAAGACUAUCAGAAUGGCCUGCAAAGGUUGAAGAACCGCAACUCCCAAGAGCUGCAGCAGAAUGUGUACCAAAACAGAACACAGUUUAUAAAGAUCAGCAAAGAGGCCGAGAAGUUGAAGUCCGAGAUGGGCAUACUACAAAACCUGAUGUCCGAGCUGACCGGUACAUUGGGCACGGGAGAUGCAGGCACGAGCAGUCCCAAGUCGCCUGAUCUGAAUGGCCCUACUCUUGCUAGGCGCAACACGAACAGGACUUCGGUCGCAAAUCUAGAGCAUAUGUGGAACGUCCAACUACAAGCCCUGUGGAAAAACAUUGAAAAGUCCCAGAAAUUCCUACCAGCAGCUCCUGGGCGACACAUUGUGGCCGAAACCGGCAACUGGAUAGAACUCGACUCGGCUACAUGGAAGCCUAAGCGACCUGUUCACAUUGUGCUGUUGAAUGACCACCUUCUCGUAGCGUCUAAGAAGCGCAAGCGGGUCGAUCCAAAUGCGCCCCAACAGGGACCUGCUCCUACGAAACUGGUGGCAGAAGAAUGCUGGCCUUUGGAAGACAUCGAGAUCGUCGACAUGGCUGCAAGUAUCACAAAUGGAGGCGGGACAACACCAGCCGAGGAGAAGGCGAUCGCUUCGGCCCUGACCAUCAGCUCAGGCGGUCGCUCGCUAAUUUAUCGCCACGAGAAGCGUGACGAAAGGGCCAAAGCUGGUCUGUUAUCUGCUCUCCGAAAAGCCACAGAAGACCUUCGCAAAGCCACCAAAAUCGAGGAAGAGCAGACCAAGCCCAAGUCCGAGAGCCUGAAUUACUACGCAGCACGAGACCCUGCGUCAGCGAAGAACCCAGAGAUCCUCGAAGGUAUCGGUGCUUCCAAGGAGAAGCCGGAAAUCCUGGUCGAAGUCGACGGCCGACAGCAUAACUUUCGCUGGGUCGAGGGACAAAUCGACGAUCUGGACAUCGAAAUCUCGAUGCAACGCUUUGACGAGGCCGUCGAAAAGGUAGAAAAGCUCCGCAAAAUCGCCAAAAGCUUGAAGGGCAACUCGAUCGCUCAAGAGCUAGUAAGCGUCAAGAUUGACGAGCGCGCCGCGAAACUCGCUGCCAUACUCUGUCGAGAGCUCGUCGAGACACCGUCCUUCAUGGAAGCCACGAAACGCAAAGUCUCCUAUCUGAUCCGUCUUGGAUUCGAAGACCGCGCGAGAGACGCCUACCUCCAUGCGCGAAGUGAAAUGCUCACCAAACGCGCCAGACAGUGUGUCUUUGAAGGCGACCUCCAUCGCUACGUCUUCUCCAUCUCCUACGUCUACUUCACCGUGGUGAAGAACACGGUGCUCAUCUACCAAGCCGCGUUCACGACUCCGGGCGCGAUCAGCGCGUGCAUCAAGUGGGCAGGUGUGCAUUUGGAGACUUUCAAUACUCUACUGGUGCGGCAGUUGAGUGCGAUUGAGCACGAGGGCAAAUUGUGGAGGGAGUGCAUGGAUGUCGUCUGGGGGCAUGAACGGGAGAUGCUGGGCGAAUUCGGGCUGGAUUUCAGAGAGGUCAUCGGCAGGGGACUAGAGGUCAGGGAAUUCACCGGGAGGAGCGAGCAGGUUGGAAGUCACAGGGAGCAGAGUCGAUCAAAGUCGAGAGCACGAGCUGGUACGUGA